GUUUCCGGGGGGAAACACCCGGACACCAAAAGUGAAAAAUUACGCUCCGAGGCCGGCGAAAAAGGUGUCGAGAACCGUUGAGACAUAAAGCGAUGGAGGCAUUCGUACCGGUUGAAGGACACUUUAGAAGGAUCAGAAGAGCGUAGAUGAUUGUUGGUAACACUUCACGAGUCUCUAGGAUUGUUGUCAAGAGACGGAUAUCCGUUUCCGUCGCGCCAUUGAUGGGUGGGACUGGUGGCUCCACGGCUUCUUUCACAGAGCAGAAAGACCGUGCUUCCCCAAAGAGUACGAAGCUGACAGUUUCGCAGUUCCUAGCUGGUGCUCAGAAGUGUUACACUCCGAGAUAUUCACAAGGUGGCUAUCCACCGAAGACCGUGGAGCUGACUGAGGUGCAAGCCGUGAAGGGGUCUGAGCUUCGUGCGCUGAUUCAAGAGAACGAUGGUCAAUCGCUGAACAACCUCAUCGGAGAGAUGUACACCACUGGUGAUUGGACACACAUCACUGAAGGCCUCACACGCCCGGAGGUGUCACUCCUGCUGAGAAGCCUCGUUGAAGCACACGGAUCACAGAUCAGACUGGCGAAUCACCUGAAGAACCUCGUUCCAAGAGAGCACAAGACACAGUUCAGAGAUGCGUUGGUGCUGGAGCGCAACAUCAACCAUUUAUACUCCAAACUGAUCCAGAUCAAGCACCCACUUACAACGAGUGACGUCGAACUGCUUCUGAAGUACGAGACUGACAACCUCAACUUCAGAGCUGCGCAAAGAAUUGUGGAGUAUGGCGAAGCACAUGGUGCUAACACCGUGAACUUCCACAAUUUGAAGAUGAGAGCACUGGGUCAUACUUCACCAGAGGCCUGGAUAUCCAAGACAGGGUCCCAAUUGACAAUCAAGGGCCGUAAACUACCUGUUGAACCGAGGGAAGUGUUCUCCAAACUUCUACAAGAGUUCUCUUCGCACUCUAAUGAAUUCAUUCCAAAUUUGGAGUCUCAUAAGCAGAUCCUCUGUGGAUUUGCCCAUUCUCGUGAUCUGAUCCAAGUCCGUAUUCACCUGGAACAGAUAUGGGGGAUACCAGCCGAUGAAUCGAUGCCAAUUGAGCUGGUUUCAAAGACCUCGUCACUUUACCCGGACCAGGACCUCCUUUGUAAGAUUGUUCAGAUGUUCGGAUACAACAACCACAGCCUUGAAGGGCUGAACUACGUUCUGAAGUUCAUCCAUUACUACCAGAUGGAUAUGGCACGCUCGACACAGCUCUGGAGCAUCUUGGUGAGCUUCCUCAAGCAGGAAACCAGAGGUGAUAGUGAAACUAUCUCACAGAGGUUCCUCGUUGUUUGGGACGACAUGGUUUCCAACAGAGUACGGAUAUCUGAUCAACUCUACAGACUGAAGUGUGAUAUUCUGUCCAAUGCGUCCAAGCAGGAGCUAUUGUUGAGUGAUUUGGAUACCAUUCGUCGCAGAUGCCUCACGACAUCUUCAAAAGUGAUGCAAUUCAGAAUGCAGAAGGUGUUGACACACUAUCUCAAAGCUGUGGCUCUUUUCAUCUACAAAGGCACAGACGAUGUUGAAGAAGCUGAUCGCCUGACCAAUGUGUACUUUGAGCAUUACAGUGUUUCAGAUCAGCAGCUGAGCGAUUUGCAAGACUGUAUUCCAGACAUCAAGGAGCUUGUUGAAUCACAACGUAUGAAGUUUGAGGAGCUACAACGACAAUAUGACGAAGAAGACGACGAAGAGUCGCUAUGGUAAAUAUCUAUAUAUCCGUGGAAAGGCUGUCAAUGUAUGAUCAACCUGUU